GACAAAACUACCCUCUAUUCGACUAUUCCCUCCGUUGUUUCCCUCUUCUUCCUGUGUUGUUUAGUGCUCUUUCCUUUGGUUGCCAAUAAUGGAGAAACUGAAGCAAGCAGUGAAAGAGAUCGCCUACUACCGACACCAAGCUAAGUUUUCCAAGCUUCAUCUCUCUCUUAUUCCUUUCCUUUCCUUGUCUUCGUCUCUCUACGGCGCCCUUCUCUAUACUCGUCAGUCUCUUUACCGCUCUGGUUUCUUCUCUAAGAACAGGUUGCCAGUGCCGGUAAUCAGUGUUGGGAAUUUGACGUGGGGAGGAAAUGGAAAGACCCCAAUGGCUGAGUUCAUAGCUAAACGCUUAGCUGAUUAUGGAAUUUCACCUCUCAUUUUGACGAGGGGCUAUGCCGGUGGAGAUGAAGCUAAAAUGCUAAAAAGGCAUCUACUUGGGGGACCUGUAAAAGUUGGUGUAGGUGCAAAUAGGGUGGCCACUGCCAAUUUGUUCUUUGAAAAAUAUGGAUAUGUAGAUUACCGUGGUAGUAAAUUCUUUGAGAGAACCUAUCUUGACCCAAAAAUGGGAAGUCAUGUUGGUUCACAAAAAAUUGGUGCAGCAGUUUUAGACGAUGGUAUGCAGCAUUGGAGCUUAUGUCGUGACCUAGAAAUUGUAAUGAUUAACGGACUAAUGCCUUGGGGAAACUGCAAACUACUUCCUCUUGGACCCUUAAGAGAACCUUUAAUAGCAAUCAAACGUGCCAAUAUUGCUGUAGUCCAUCAUGCUGACCUGGUGUUGGAACAAAAGCUCAAAGAUAUCAAGUUAGUGCUUCAAGAAAUCAAGGAGUCACUUCCUAUUUUUUACACCAGAAUGACUCCCUCAUAUUUCUUUGAACUGAGAAAUAUAAGCACAAAGAUGCAUUUGGGAGCUGUGCUCGAUGCAGUUGUCUUAUGUGUUUCUGCAAUCGGUUCUCCCGAUGCUUUUGUGCGGGCGAUGGAAAAGAUAGGACCAUUAUUUGUCGAUCGAUUUGACUUCAGUGACCAUUACUCGUUUCAACUUAAGGAUAUUCAUAUGAUGAGAGAGCGGCUUAGACAACUCGAGGACAAGUUUGGUUAUAAGCCAAUUGUUAUAGUUACAGAAAAAGACUAUGAUCGAGACCCCGAGAUUCUGAAACAUUUGCAUCCUUUCAAAGUUCUGGUACUCUGUUCUGAAAUGCAGAUUAUACCUUGUAACGGCUGCAAUGAGGAUAGCUUCAAGUCGUUAUUGAAGGAGCUACUGGAAGUGUAAAUGCGUAUCAGGUGCAGAUUACAUUCAGCUUUUAGACACCAUGGUAAUUGCUUAUGCCAUGCAUGCUGUGGCUGAAGUUGCUUGAAUGAACAUUGAACGAAUGACACAUUCAAAGAGUUUUUGGACCAUAGUGUUUCGGUUUCGGUUUUAGUAUAUUUGGUCCAAUUAUAUGAAUACCUAUUUGAUUUCGGUUUUGAGCUUUUAAAAAACUAAAA